GAAGUCCAUCGACAACCGUAAACACAGCUGUUGAAGCUGUGCUGCUAUUAGUUUCAGAAAGAUGGUGUACGUGUCUAACGGUCAGGUCCUGGACAGCAGGGCCCAGUCUCCAUGGAGACUUUCCUUACUGAUUGAUCUGUUCUGGGGAGCAGUGGAGUUCAUCGGCCUCUUUUUUAAGACGUUGGUUCACCCUGACCUGACAAAGGAUGGAAACACGAGUUCAUCACGCUUCAGUGAUGGCAGAGGUCCUCCAGGUCCCCCUGGUGGCAGAAGGCGGAUAGGACGAAUAUCCCACGGUGGAGGUCCAAACGCUCCACCAAUGGGUGGAGGAGGAUGAGGAAGGUAAACGCCUACACAUGCAGUGUAGGCGCGGGGCUUUGCACAGAGUCUGUCUGCUGAGAACCCAAAGAAAGAUGCUGACGUCACAGUGCUGAAGCCCCUCUUCAACAGCUGCUACUGCCACGAGCAGUUUCUUGACGCUUUUCUGGGAAUUCCUACACGUAGGGGCCAGAAUGGCUGAUACAGCAGCUAUCUGCAUCCCUUCCUCCCCUUUUGCUGUUUUCUGCCCUUCCACCUUGCAGUCACACCAGUCUCUUAGAGUUUAACAGUGGUAAUUAUGUUCUGUUUAUCCCUCCUGGGAAUCAUCAGUUAGUUUGUCUUUGUUUUGUAUCCCUCUGUUUAAUAAAAAAAUUACUACUGA